CUGCCGAAGAAUAAGAGCAGGAGUGAUCACUUUCAGUCAAAAACAACAACGAUAGGAGCACGAAGUCUAUGGAUCUCUUCGACAGACGCACCGUCUUUAGCAUCACUGCUUCACUGAGCGCAUCAUCGUCUGGAACAUCGUCUCAAAACGAGGUGCCCUCCACUGUCAGACCGUCUGGAAAAAAACAGGUCGUCAAACUGCCUAAAGCAGCACGCCGUUACACACGGUGUCGUCCUGCAAACCCACCGAGUGCCACCGCACCACUGUCCUUGUCGUUUCAGCAUGACUUCCAAUAUGACGCAUGAUAUAUUCUCGGUCGGUGCCUCACACCGCGCAUGCAUGUUGAGUGGGGAACUCUCCAAAUUGCGUCAACAUAAUGCAACAGAAGCUAGACGCCUGAAAGCCAUUUUUGAGGGACACGAAAUGAACGAUUUUGAGAAUGAGGACGAUCAGCGACGAAUCAUCAGACGUCACUGCGAAAGAAGACUGAAACUGUGUACGUCUAUCAGACACGAAUUGGAAUUAGCCCGCAAGAUACUGGACGAGCAUGGAAUAACCGGCCAAGAGGUGAAAGAGAACAACACUGCCCUCGAGUCAAUCAACCCCGACGAACUCGUGCUGAGAGUGCAGUUACCACGACUAGUGGAGAUGACGCUGUCGGCAAGCCACCAGGUGCUCUCGGAGGCUUAUGCUCAGACACUUUCGAAUCUUCUCAAGGAGUUACCGAAGAUAAACGCCUCUGAAAACGAUCUGCAGUACUUUCGUCAAGCCCUGAGAAAGCGUUCCCCACUUGCAUUUGCCGAGGGCUCGGAGGCUGACCCAACACACCUCUGUCCCGUUCUAGGAAUGGAGUUUUACUCCAAAGCCAUGAGGGCCGUUGAUUUCGUGCCAUGUGAAAUGGGAGCCUCUAACUGUGCCUACUUGUUCGGACGUGCUGCAGAGGAUGGCUGGCAAACACUUUUCAACGCCGACAACGGCCUAUUAGUCCAUAAAGAAGCCAAGAGAGCACUCGAAACGGCAGUGAUCCAGAUUGUGCCAGAUUUCACCGCCGACGAUCAGAGACGCUUCAAGGUUGUCUCUCUGCUGGACAACGUUGUCCUAAAAACCGACAGCAGCGCUUUCAGAUCCGGGGACCUUCACGGCAGAGAGCUCAAAUUUCGGAAAGAGGUCAAAGAGCGGCCAGGUAUUGAGUACCUCUUCUUUUCUGCGCUGGGAACAGCUUGCCGCAGAAAACGAUACAACCGCCCCGGGUGGGAACACGAUUACCAAAAACUCUUCUACGAUACCAAAUGGCCUGAUACCCCCCUGCGACUCAGAAAGAGCUCCUUGCACACGAUCGCUUCUAAUUACGGCGAUUUAGCUCGGUUUGAAGAACUAGUCAACCGAGGAGUUGUGCGAUUUCAGAACAUCAGAGGUAGUACUGAUCGGAACGAGACAAGGGCGCUCUCUGGCCGUGGCAACACCACCUCCUUGCCAGUGAGGCAACAUGUGGGAAGGAGAAGAGCAAACCGUGCGGGAUAGAGUGGAAGGAUUCGAAAGAGCGGGUUGAUGGCAGUGGGUGCCUCACAGCAAAUGGAUGGUCCGUCGGCGAUGGAGCUGGUGGCCACCCCUGUGUUAUAGAACGAACGUAUAGCCUUGUGUACGAAGACCGCCAGAAUGCUACCAGGUAAUCGAGGC